AUGAAGUUCUCUCAAUCUGUCUUGCUAUCAAUUGUCGCCUCAAUGGCUGCAGUUGAAGGACUUGUUAUCCCUGCAUCGUUCAAGGAUUUACCAGCCCAGUUUUCACUAGACAAGGUUGAAAAGACAGUGAAGGAAAUUAUUCAGGAGCCAAUCAAGAAGGUGGUUUCCGGUAUCACCAAAAAUGUUGAGCUUGUUGCCGAAAACCAUGCUCAACCUCUGCUCCUCAGAGAGGAGCCCAUUCCUUACGGCUAUAUCAUCAUGAUGAAAGAUAGCAUCUCCAAGGAUGCCUUCGACUUCCAAAGAUUGUGGGUGGAAGACAUUCAAGUUCAAUCAAUUGCCAAGAUGGAUCCCGCCGAUCUGUCCGCAUUUGGUGAUUCUCUCUCGGCCUCCGGUUUCAAGCACUCUUCAGGCGGUAUCAAUCACGUCUAUGAUACCCCAUUUAUGAAGGGUUACAGUGGCUUCUUUACCCCUCAGGUUGCUGAUAUGAUGAGAAGACACCCAGAUGUUGCCUCUGUUGAAGUCGACUCUACCGUUCAUGCACUGAAGGCAUCCACUCAAGUUGGUGCUCCAUGGGGCCUUUCUAGAAUUUCACAUAGAAGUAGAUUGGGUCUUUCCAACUUUAAUCAGUACGUUUAUGAUACCACUGCCGGUGAAGGUGUUACUGCCUAUAUCAUUGAUACUGGUAUCAAUGUUUCACACCAGGAGUUUGAAGGUAGAGCCAUCUGGGGUGCUACCAUCCCAACUGAUGAUACUGAUGAAGAUGGUAACGGUCAUGGUACUCAUUGUGCUGGUACCAUCGGCUCAAAGGCUUAUGGUGUUUCCAAGAAUGCCAAGCUUGUUGCCGUGAAGGUUUUGAAAUCUAACGGUUCUGGAUCCAUGUCCGAUGUCAUUAAGGGUGUCGAAUAUGCUGCCAAUUCUCAUUUAAGGGAGGCCAAGGAUAAUAAGAAAGGAUUCAAGGGUUCCACUGCCAACAUGUCUCUUGGUGGUGGUAAAUCUCCAUCUUUGGACAAGGCUGUCAAUGCUGCAGUUAAAGCGGGCAUGCAUUUCUCCGUUGCUGCAGGUAACGACAAUGCCGAUGCUUGUAACUCUUCCCCAGCUGCUGCAGAGGGUCCAAUCACCGUCGGUGCUUCUACUCUAUCUGAUGUAAGAGCCUACUUCUCGAACUUUGGUACCUGUGUUGACAUUUUUGCUCCAGGCUUAAAUAUUUUGUCCACCUACACUGGUUCUGAUACUGCGACUGCAGUUUUGUCCGGUACUUCCAUGGCUUCCCCCCAUGUCUGUGGAUUGCUGACCUAUUUCUUGUCUUUGCAACCAGAAGAGGACUCUUUGUUCAAAUCCAGCUUGAUUACUCCCGAGGAGUUGAAGAAGGAUCUCAUCAAGUUUGGAACCAAGGACACAUUGGGUGACAUUCCUGAAGACGGUACUCCCAACCUUCUCAUCUUCAAUGGUGCUGGAAAGGAACUUAAAGGUUUCUGGGGUUCUGGUGAUGACAACGAGACAGAGGAUUUGGAACGCUCUGUCAGAAUCGCUGAAUCUGCCCUCGAGGAAAACUUGGAUACUCUUGAAAACGGUGUUCAAGUCGUGAUUGACGAGAUCGAGAAGGCACGUAAGCAGAUCGCUGGAAUUUAG